AUGCAUUAUGCACACCAUAUAAUGUAAAAGAUAGUUAUAAUUUGAUUUAAUUCUUGCUCUUGGAAUAAAACUAUUAGUUUAUAAAAUGGAAUCUGUGCAAAACGACGAUUUUGGCCGUAUUCAAACGGGAAAUGUUGGGAGUUAUGGAAAAUAUGGAAUUAUUCUUGUAGCUGUGAAGAUUUUACGCUGUGUGGGUUUGUUUGAAUGUUACGAUAUUUUAAAGUCCAUUCAUCUUGUCCAGUUCCUAUUCCUGGUUAAGCUGAUAUGUUCAGGGGUUUACCUUCUUAUACACAAACCAUUCUCCUCUGGUAGGAAGUUGAAUAAAAGACAAUGGAGUUACGUGUUUCGACAUUCUGUACUUGGUUUGUUAAACAAUGUUUUGUGGCUUUUUUCUCUGACACUCUGUGGGCCUUUGCGAACAGUGUUGGUCUUUGAACACGGCGAACAUGUUCUUGUGUCCAUGUUUAUGGGAGUUUUUGCCGGUAGAAAAGGUAACUACGCAAAAACAAGAGGUUCGUUGCUAUUUUUUCUUGGUGUUUUGUGUCUCUUAUUGUUUGAUAAUGAUGACAUGUUGUCUAAGAUAUUAAGCCAACCGGAAGGCCAGCAUACCAGUAGCAUCACCCAUUACUUAUCAGCUAUGAUAUCUUUUAUGGGAGUUGCAGACCAUAAAGGUGGUGUUUUAUUACUUUGUCUUACACUACUGCUCAAAGUAGCUUUAAACGGUUAUACGAAAAGGGUUACAACCCAUGUUGGUGGCGCUAAAAGACUUCAUGCAUUCUCAACUCUAAUCUCAGCCCUUUUACUUCUACCAUGGGCAAGUCUGUUGUACUUCACAGGCUACAGCUUUAACUUGUUUUCAAAUUUAUUCAGUAUUGUUUUUAUUGCAACAACUGUGUUUGUAGUUGAACAUUAUGGACAUUUCUUUGUUUCAAACAGACUGAGCCCAAUGCAGGUUUCACGAUUGGGUUAUUUUGCCAUAGCUGGAACUGCAAUGUUUUUAGGCUUCCAAUGGAGCCACCCUGCAAUCCGUGUUAUUUCAAAUGUGAAUGGAAAAAUGGAUUCUGUACGAACAGAAGAGCAUGUUAUAUCCGGUGGAGUAAUUGUAAGCAUGGUGUUUUUUAUUCUGGCUUCUGAUAUUCUGUCCUGGCCUCAACCAAAGAGUCAAAAGGGAAGUUUUAUUGGUUACUCUGCAGAGGGUCUCCCUUUGUAUAGAUUUGCUGGGGAUGUUUUAAACAGAGCUUCCAAAACAUCUUUUGGCACAUUGGUAAAUGGAUUUUUACGCCGAGUUCUUGAAGAAAAAGAUUCUCGUCACAUAUUUUAUUUUCUCUGCAUUAAUCUUUCGUUUGCUUUUGUGGAGCUUGCAUGGGGUGCAUGGAGCAAUUCCCUUGGAUUAAUAUCAGACAGCUUUCACAUGUUAUUUGAUUGCACAGCACUUGUUCUUGGUCUCGUAGCUGCUGUAAUGGCAAAGUGGAAAUCGACACGAAUAUUCCCAUACGGUUAUGGACGAGUUGAAGUGUUAUCUGGGUUCGUGAACGGAUUAUUUCUACUUGUUGUUGCGUUCUUUCUCUUCUACGAAGCAUUCCAGAGACUUAUUGACCCUCCAGCUAUAAACACAGACAAACUACUAUACGUAUCUGUGGGUGGCUUGUUGGUUAAUCUCAUCGGCGUUUUCGUGUUCAGCCAUCAACACCAUCAUAACCACGGCCACAGCCAUGGCCACAAUCAUCAAGAUGGUCACGAAAAUUGCCAUUCACACUCUCAUAGUAAUGCGAACAUUAAAGGUGUCUAUUUACAUGUUCUUGCUGAUUUAUUGGGAAGUAUCGGCGUCAUAAUUUCAUCACUGAUGGUUUCAAAGUGGCAACUAUUGAUCGCUGACCCAAUAUGCACGUUAGCUGUUGCGUCACUUAUCCUGUGCACUGUAUGGCCCUUGUUGCGCGAUUCUGCCCGUGUACUUGCACUAUGUGCACCCCCACACCUUCAGAAAACACUGCAGCAAGCUCUGUCGAAAGUGAACGCCGUCGAAGGCAUCACGACACACAGGACAUGCCGUGUGUGGCAGCACACAGAGAAAGAAGCCGCGGCAGUUGUCAGUGUCCAUGUGGAGCCGCACGUCAUCGAACAGAGAAUAAUUUCACAAGUCACCUCCAUUUUUAAAGAAGCAGGAAUUUCCUCUGUCACAGUUCAAGUUGAAAAAGAUGAUUUUUACCAACAUAUGUCAGGCCUAAUGACGGGCGCUGAUGAUAUGACCCAGAUAUCGAAAGGAAUUUCAUUAAAUCAAUCUUCCGACUCAGAAGGAGAAUUUACGAAAUUAAUCUAAUUGUGCAAUCAAUUUUUAUUCUACUCUUUACUCGUCAUUGUUUUGCUUUUCAAAUAGCCAUAAAUAUGCUUGCCUGUGCUGUGAUCUUGUUUACUGAAUACAAUAUAUCAAACAGUUUUAAACAACAGUUAAUACAGAGUUAAAUUGAUGAUACAGAUAGUCAAAUCAUGGUUUCUUAUAUGGUGCACUACAUAAAAGUUUAAAACACUUGUUAUUUCCUAUAUUAUAAAUAUAUUAUAAAUACGUGCCACUUUCGCCAGUUCGCCACCACACCCUUGUUUAAUAAACUUUAAAUUUACUUCCUUGAGUUUUUUCCAAACGUAAGAUCUUACGAUAUAUUGAAAAUGUAAUUUGAAUAACUCUCAUUUAUACAAAGUGUAGACUCUGUAUUUAACAAAAAGCCUAACAAUAUCUUUUUUUCCGACCGUUAAUAAAAUUUGUUAAUUUUUUUCGCAAACUUCAAAAUCUUUCUUUCUAUUUCA